UCUUCUCCAGAUGAGCGACUGCUCGCCGCCGCCCGCGACGACAACGAGGAGAUGCUCCUCGAGGUCUUCGAGCAGGGCAACUUCGACAUCAACUUCCAGGACGGUCUGGGCAACACAGGUGUGUCACGUACUGCAUCUCUCGGAUCGACCGACGUCCUCGAACAUAUUCUCUCCCACGAAGAGUGCGACGUCGACCCAAUAAACCGGAUAGAAAAGGCCACCCCGCUUCAUCUCGCCGUCGUCAUCGAAGACGCCGAGAUGCGCAAAUACAUCGUUGAAAGCCUGCUCGACGCAGGCGCGAAUCUGAGCAUUAAAGACAAGAAUGGCGAUACCCCGCUCGAUCUCGUCUCGGAUGACGAUAAAGACGUCAGGGCGCUGAUACGCAAGGCGCAGGCGCAGGCCAGCAUAUCUGCCAGCGAUGUCGCCGACGAUGACGAUGACGAGCCAGGUUCAGGAUCUGGCUCCGGCUCGGACGACGAAUGA